AUGGCAAGGCUAACAUACAAGUUUCAUCAACCUGCAACAAUCGCAUCUUUUUCUCAUAGCUUCACUCAUUUUCUUGUUCUUCAACACGUAUCAUCGAUACUCUCUCAUCUUCAACCAUUCAUUGCAACCUUCUCCUACUUUUGCAAACCUCCACCCAACUACCCUCCACAGUCUAACUCUCCUUGGAAACCACCGACCAACAUACCUCCAUCGUCACAUUCUCCGCCACAGCAGCCGCUAAACUUACCACCACAGCCACAAUUAUCAGUCCAAGAUCCUUCAACUACAAGAAAUAAGAAGAAUUCUGAUGAAGAUGCAGACUUGAAUAAUAUUGGUGACCUGAAGGCACAUGGCCUCCAGGAUCUAGGCAUUACUGGAAAUACAAGUUCAUCUGCUCAGCAACCUAAUCUGUGCGAUGACACUUUGGAGACCAAGAAGUUAAGUCACACAAGAUCAAAUUCUACAAAUGCUGAUGGACUUGCACAUUCGGAUGAAAAGCUUGGUGCUACGAAUAUGAAGGAAGAUGAAGAAAUGAUGACAGCCGCGGCGGAUGGAAUCAGAGCAACGCAAGGAUCGGGCACCGUUGAUGAAGGCGAAGAAGAGACGGAGCAACACAGGCGAGGAAGUGACGAUGGUGAGCGGCUUCGGAGGAAGAAACGGAAGCGAGGUAGAGAUGAUGAACAGGGGGUCGGAAACUGA